ACGGGACGAUUUUAAAGCGAACAAUUACAUGUAUCUCUUUCCGGAAACUUUAAUGAGAUCGGCCAGUGUCACUGGAUUUGGACUCUGAACACACUUUCUAUUGAUAUCUCUUGUGAGAAGCUUUGACCCAAGAUGCCUCGAAAUGAUGAGCGACCCUCCACGUCCAGCGGCGAGGACCAAGGCAGCGACGCAGAAUCGUUGUCAGAAUGCAGCGCAGGCAUGGCCGCGGCCAGUGACCUCGACUCUUCGCGUGACAGCUUUAACAGUGACUGCUCCAGCAAGCACUGCACUCCGUCCUCAAGCCCUCCAAGAGUCUUGAACCUAGAUGAAGUCAUGGAGGCCGGAAGAGACUUGUUCAAUCUCAAACUCUCCCAUGAGAUUGUGCUGAAUAAGGAUUUUCACAUGGAGCCAAAUCUAAAACCACCAAACAGUUUAUUAAAUGCAGUGAAAGAAGUUGUCCACAAAGCCUUCUGGGACAUCCUGGAGUCCGAACUGAACAAAGACCCACCUGAAUAUCAACAUGCCAUCAAGUUACUGGAGGAGAUCAGAGAGAUAUUGCUCUCAUUUCUUAAUCCUGGUGCCAAUCGGAUGCGGACCCAGAUUAUGGAGGUGCUGGACAUGGACCUGAUACGUCAGCAGGCAGACAACGACGCUGUAGACAUCCCAGGACUCACCUCGUACAUCAUCACCACCAUGGGCAAGCUGUGUGCCCCAAUGAGGGACGAAGAAAUAAAGAAGCUACGAGAAUUAAACGUGGAUAAUAUAGUGACGCUCUUUAGGGAGAUCUUUCGUGUUCUGGACCUGAUGAGGGUCGACCUUGUCAACAAUACGAUCAGAGACAUCCAGCCUGUGCUGCAGAGGAUCAGUGUUGAAUAUGAGAGGGAAAAGUUUCAAAAUGUCUUGGACAAAACACCCAAUGCCUUAAGCAAAACCACCUCCUGGCUCCAGUCAGCAAUAGAAGAACUGCUUUCAGCCACCGUCGCCACGGAAAAAUCCAACAACCCGAAGAAAAGACGUGGAGCCAUGCCUGGGCCCUUCCAGAUACUCAGUGCUGCUUUCCUUCAUAUUCUCAUGUGGGAUUUCUCAAAUAGCCCAGUGCCGGAGACUUGGGUGACGGAUGAGACCCGACUACAGGAGAUUCAAUGGCAGCUCAAGCAGUGCGAGGCGGUGAACGAGGUGCUGCUCAUUGUGUACAGCACUGUUGGCGAGCCGGUCCAGGGGCUUUCAUCCCUGUCGGACCGCUUGAAGAGGAUGAUCAGUGUGCUGCUGGACGGGAUGCACAGACAAGACUUUAACCUACGAGAAGCACUAGAGGGCGUCAGUGCUCAGCUUUGCUGCGAGCUCAACAAGUCUUUGAUCGAAAGGAAGUACCCUGCACUGACCCCAGAGCUGCAGGCCACACUGACAGGACAAAUCUGCAGCAUCAGCCAGAAGAAUAAUCCAAUUCGCACUUUAGUUGAGGAUCGUGUGCAGCAGUACUUCAUGGGGGUCCUCUCUGACCCCAAACCCCAGGUCAAACUUGAAGAGGUGCCUGUCGGUUUGGCCGCUGUCAAGCCUGAGCUCACUCUGAUCGGGAAGAACUUCAUCUCCCUUGUCAACUACAACAGGGCUGUUUAUGGACCUUUUUACGCCAAUAUCAUCAGGAAGCUGCUGUUCAGCAACGACCCACCACCUGCAAACCUCCCACAGGACCCAGCCCAGGACUCCGUCUCUCGUGAAUAAAAAACAAACAAAAAAAACUAUGCAGUUGAAGAGGAUUAUUUUUCUGUUGAGAAAGUAAAGUCUAAAUCUGUGGAGAUAGCUCUUAGGCCAACUAAACA